AUGUGUUCGGUCAUGAUUGGCCAGAAAUUGUCUGCUGACGCUGGUAUGCCCUUUCUCGCGCCCGACCGAUACUACGUCCGCAGUACUAGAGGCGACCCCAAUGCUGUUGGAAACACGCCUGCAAGAUGCCUCACACGGGAUUUACUAUGUGAAGACAAAGGAGACUUGCUGCUUCUAGGUUGUGGUGACGUUCGUAACGUGUUGUUUACACUAUACUCUGAGCAGAACAACUCUCGCGAUUUUGAUAUCACGUGCUGUGAUAUUCAAGACGCUGUCAUAGGUAUUUGCAAAGCCCUGGACCCAAUUGUCAUAUUGAUGAGAAUAAUUUGGGAUAUCUACUACCAUUUUUACUUGGACGAAUCCUCCCUAAAGGUCCUGACGGAUCAGGCAAAGGAACUAGUUUCUUUGUCAAACUCGCUGGACGCAUGGCAUGGAACAAAAUAUGGCAGCAUACUGAGGUUUUGUGAUCUCUCAACGUUCACCCGAGUGAGAGCUUUAUGGAAGUCAUAUUGCACGCAAGACUCGAAUGAGAACACAAGAGUUGUAUUCAAUCAUAUUCUCGAAUCGAACAUCCAGCGCGCUAAGGAGGUGAAGGCAUACUAUGUUGGGGGCGAAAAUGCAUACGUGACUACAGGAAUACGUUCUGCAGCCCUGGUCGGUAUCGCAUACGCAGAGAACGCCCACGUGUUGUAUCAACACUAUUGGAAGUAUGGGAGCACAAGUCAAGAUGCUGAGGUCUUGGCAAAAACGAAUCUUCCAAACCCUCUGUUUGCUUUCCAUACCAUUGGGGCGCCUACGCUCCAUUAUGGAACGGAUCCGCUUCUGGGCUUCCAUCUCGCGACGGCAUUUGCACCAGUAAAAUACACCGCUUCAACUGGGUCCUUAGCAAGGUCGGUUCCCCUUCGCGUCACAGAGGCAGCACAUCUUCAGUUUCGAACAUGGUGUCACGCAUUUCGGUUGUCUUCUCAGAUGAACUUAACCAUUUGGUUCUUUGCGGGAGAUGCAAUCGCUUUCGCACAUGCACUGCAUCAUCUCGAGUUAUCUGGGCAUGAUUGGUUAGGAAAUGUCUAUCGAGAUGUCCAUCAUUUGAGUCCGAUCGAGCUCGACAAAAAGGAGUACAGCACCACACAUGGGGCACCCUUCGCAUUCAACGUUGUGGACAGUUCCAACCUCGCCGAUCAUGUGGGAUCUCUCAACCUACUCUCAGCAGUAUCUCCCUUACUGAAAAAAGACACGUCUUCUACUCUGUAUACCGAGUCAUUGGUGAGGAGAGAAAAGGAUCAUCGAGCAUACGUUGACUCCAUACUUUGUGGAGAUUUUGUCACCAUGUCACUGUUGCUUGAUCUCUUCCCAGUCGAGUAUUGGACCAACGCGUCUAGUUCAUCUACAGCCGACGAUGUCACACUCGAACAGGUAUUUCGCGCGACCGAUAGUAGCAACCGUAGGCAAAUGCGCGUUAAGUUAACGUGGAAGCGCCUCACUUCGCUUCCAGCUGCGAACUUGGGGAUGACAGAACCGAGACUACGAUUCAACGAAGCCGAUUUGGCCCACAUCCUCCACAAUGUCUACCAAAAUAUGUUCCAGCACGAGAACGCACUGUCACUGUUCAAAGACCUCGACAUGCUCAAGAUUGAAAGAAGCUCCACGUUGCACUACCAUCGUGGUAGUUUUGCUAUGUUUCUCCAUCGGCUUAGAAAUCGAGUUGCUGUGAAUUGGCAUGAUUUGAUGAACCGUAUCAUCGGACUGAUUGAAAACGAUUCUACAAUCACAAUGGGGAGGAAUUAUAUCCAAGAGCUCUAUCUCUACUUCCAUACCCUGAAUGUCUACUCUGCACAGAUAUUUACUUAA